UGAAGAUCUGAACCAACAAAAAAGAUUCUUACGCCACCAUUAUUAUUACUAUUGUUUUUCUUAUCAUUGUAUUUCAAACACCUUUUUUCACUCCUAAUAACACAGUGUUCAAUCAUUGAAAAUAACAAACUCGAUCAACUCCUUGGGGGAGUUGAAAAAUCAAAAUCCGUGCUUGCUUUGUGUCUUUUGAAUUUUGAUCCCACUUCUUCUUCUUCAAACAGUUCCCUUUUUUUUUUUUUUUUUUUUCAUUUUUACUUGUUUUUUUGGGUUUAUGGUUUACGCUUCGUGAAUCAUGGCAAAUGUUUCUUUCUUCUACAUUACAUUACAGUUUCAUUAUAAGGCGUGUUUCAUUGAGGUUAAGGGGUUUAAUCUAUAGCGAGUGUUUAGAAGCUUCGCCUCGUUUAUCGCUGUUUUUUUUUUGUUUCUCGGUUGAAUUGCGUUUUUAGCUAAUAGGAACAAAAAAUAAAUAAAUAAAAAGAAAAGAAGAGAUCUCUGUGUAGUACUAGGUAGCAGUGAUAGCUUUCAUUACUUUCCAAUCCGAGUCUUAUAUAAGGUUUUUCUAGGUUACCGUACUAGGUGGCUUGGUUGCGUUUCAUGUUCUUAGUUGGUGAAUGAAAAAAUGCCUGUUCCUAACGGAGAAGAGCAGAAUCUGUUGUUGCCUUCAGAAAAUGCAAGUGAGGUUUCAAAGUCAGAUUCAGGUGAUGGGUCCCCACUUGUUUCCACCGAUUACACUGAUGUGGGUGUCGUGCCAGAACACCAAAGGAACGAGCUUGACCACUUGAUAUCCAAUUUAGAAAGAGAAAUUGAGGAGCUGAGGGUCAAUCAGAAGAAUUUGGAUAAAAAGAGGAGAGAAGCAUUGAGCAAGAUAUUGGACAUCAAAGGGAGCAUUCGAUUAUUUUGUAGAAUUCGACCAAAUCUGAUUGAGGAGAAGAGAAGAAUUUCUGAACCGGUAUCAACUGGACCAGAGAAAAUUCGGGUAAAGUUGGGGGGAACAAGGAAAGAUUUUGAGUUUGAUAAGGUUUUUACUCAAGAAGCAAGCCAAGAAAGUGUUUUUGUUGAGGUUGAGCCAAUUCUGAGAUCUGCAAUGGACGGACACAAUGUGUGUGUUUUUGCCUACGGCCAAACAGGCACAGGCAAGACAUUCACCAUGGAUGGUACAAACGAGCAGCCAGGAAUUAUUCCGCGCGCUCUUGAAGAGCUCUUUCGUCAAGCCUCUUUGGAUAAUUCAUCUUCUUUUUCAUUUUCAAUGAGCAUGCUGGAAGUUUAUAUGGGCAAUCUCAGGGAUCUGCUAGUUCCAAGACCAUCUAGUAAACCACAUGAAUCUUCAACAAAGUGCAAUCUCAACAUCCAAACAGAUCCAAAGGGAUUGAUUGAAAUUGAGGGUCUCUCAGAAGUGCAAAUCAGUGAUUAUGCUAAAGCCAAAUGGUGGUACAACAAGGGCAGACGGUUCAGGUCCACCUCAUGGACUAAUGUGAAUGAGGCAUCAAGCAGGUCCCACUGCUUGACGAGGAUAAUCAUAUAUCGACGUGGGGAUGCUUUGGAAGCCAAGAGCGAAAUAAGUAAAUUGUGGAUGAUUGAUCUUGGAGGCAGUGAACGGUUGCUUAAAACUGGAGCCAGAGGACUAACACUUGAUGAGGGCCGAGCCAUUAAUCUUUCUCUUUCAGCUUUAGCUGAUGUUGUUGCAGCUUUGAAGAGGAAGAGGGGACAUGUGCCUUACAGAAAUAGCAAGCUGACUCAAAUACUGAAAGAUUCUCUUGGGUAUGGCUCCAAAGUCUUGAUGCUCGUGCAUAUAAGCCCUUCUGAAGAAGACGUCUGUGAGACAAUUUGUUCCUUGAACUUUGCAAAGAGAGCAAGAGCAAUAGAGUCCAAUAAAGAAGUGCCAGUGAAAGUGAAGAAGCAAAGGGAGAAAAAGAUUAUGGAGCUAGAGGAAGACAUCAAGGAAGCUGAAAAACAGCGCCAGGUUUUAAGGGAACAAAUACAGAAGAUUGAGUUGAAGUUAAGUGAUAGUAAGAAGCUUUUAUCAACCACAUACAGUAUAGUGGAAAGUGAUGACAUGGAAACCUCAAUUAGCCCCAAAGAUGGUGUGAAAGAGGUCAUUGAAACCCCUAAAGCAUCCAAGAAGUCCAUCAAAAGAAAUUUCUCCAAUUCAAUGCCUCGAUUCAUGACUUCAACUGUUGCAAGUCGCCAAAGGCAAAGUGCGGAAGAACGAGACAUUGGUGUGAGAUUGAAAAGUUUAAGAUCAAUGGUCUCUAGAAGUUCCAUCCAUUUUUCAUAUUCCCAAUCAUUGAGUUAUUCAGAUAUUCGCAUCAAAGCAAUACUGCGAAGUUCAACUGGAAAAUCUCGGCAUGCUGAGACAGAUAGUGUUCCAAUUCCAAAUACUGUUCUCACGGAAAAGCCUAAAUGCAAUGAUUUGGAAUCGAAAGUCCCAACACCUCGAAGCAAGAUGGUUACAUCUUCAGAUCCAAACUUGAGAGUUUCAUUGUGUCGUCAUAGAAGAAGGAUGUCUGAUCUGAUCUAAGGGUUGAAAGACAUUGGUUGCAGAUUUUUUAAUGUGGUGAAGUGAUUGCAUGUUUAACAUUUUUCAUUUUAUAUUUGUCUAUAACAACUUGUAUUGUAGCGGGUGGUAUAUUAAUAGGUGUGUUUUCUUGGUGUGUUGCGGGUUUGGAUCUGUUAAUUAAUUCAUUAACAUGAUCAUUCUCUGUUUUUGAGCUUGCUGGGCCCUAUAGUCAUUUAUUUAUGUGAUUCGUGUAACUAUUUGUUUUGGGGCGACUAACUCUCAUUGAAGUUUGUCUUCAUGACCUUUAUAUGAAUACAACAGUUAUGUAUUUAGCCUUGA